CGCCAUGACGCCAGCGCCAAACCAAAACCCCCUGUGGGCUUGGGUUGGACCCGGCGCCCUCCCGGCCGCGGGCUGAGCUUCUUUGGGAUGUUGCAAUGGUUGGGAUUGUUCCAGACAUGGUUGCUGUGGUGCUACCUACCGUGGGAGAGCAUUUUGAUGGAUGACUAGUACCAUUCAGUGAUGGGCUGUGGGACUAGUAAAAUCCUUCCCGAGCCUCCCAAGGAUGUUCAUUUGGAUCUGGUUAAAAAGGUCGAGCCCUACACUGCUUAUAAAACUGACAUAUAUAAACAUUUCAUCAAAGGUGAUGGAGAUGCCAUCAAGUCUGCUAUUCCUUCUCCUCCGUGCCACACCAAUCCGUAUGUGGAGCAGCAGGAGCCCCGGAAGAACAGAGUGGCAAAGUACCGUGCCAAAUUUGAUCCCAGAGUGACCGCCAAGUACGACAUCAAAGCUCUGAUUGGCCGAGGUAGCUUUAGUCGGGUGGUACGCGUGGAGCACAAAGCGACCAAGCAGCCUUAUGCAAUCAAGUUGAUAGAGACCAAAUACCGCGAGGGGAGAGAAGUAUGCGAAUCGGAGCUGUGCGUGCUCCGCCGAGUGCGGCACACCAACAUCAUCCAACUCAUCGAAGUCUUUGAGACUCAGGAGCGCGUCUACAUGGUGAUGGAACUGGCCACCGGAGGCGAAUUGUUCGACCGUAUUAUUGCUAAAGGGUCUUUCACGGAAAGGGAUGCCACCCGAGUGCUACAGAUGGUGUUGGAUGGGGUUAAAUACUUGCAUACGUUGGGCAUAACUCACAGAGACUUGAAGCCAGAGAACUUGCUCUAUUAUCACCCAGGUAUGGACUCUAAGAUCAUGAUCACCGAUUUCGGGCUAGCGAGUGCCCGGAAGAAAGGAGACGACUGCUUAAUGAAGACUACCUGUGGGACCCCGGAGUACAUUGCCCCAGAGAUCUUGAUCAGGAAGCCUUACACUAACUCUGUGGACAUGUGGGCGCUCGGGGUGAUCUCGUACAUCCUGCUCAGUGGGACUAUGCCUUUUGAGGAUGAUAACCGCACCCGCUUGUAUCGGCAAAUUCUGAAAGGAAAAUACAGUUACUCUGGGGAGCCCUGGCCCAGUGUGUCCAACCUCGCUAAAGAUUUCAUUGACCACCUGCUCACUGUGGAUCCUGGCGACCGGAUGACAGCACUUCAAGCCUUGAAGCAUCCCUGGGUGGUAAGCAUGGCGGCCUCUUCUUCCAUGAAGAACCUGCACCGCUCCAUCUCUCAGAACCUCCUCAAGAGGGCGUCGUCUCGUUGCCAAAGCACCAAAUCAGCCCAGUCUACCCGUUCCAGCCGUUCCACCAAAUCCAACAAGUCCCGCCGCGUGCGGGAGAGGGAACUGCGAGAACUGAACUUGCGGUAUCAGCAACAGUACAAUGGCUGACGGCUCAACAAGAGACGAUCUCACUUCCUUUUUUCCUGUCCCUGGGGCGCGUGGUGCAGAGUGCCCAUUAAGGGCACAGCUGCCUUAUUUCUUCUCUGAAAGUUCAGUCUCUGUGUCUGUCUUUCUCUUUUGAAAGAAAUGGAGAUUUGGGGACAUGGAUGCCUUUGGGGAAAUGCCCUACCUGGGCAGGGUCAGUACAGUAUCUCUGCCGUGGUUGGGAAACGAGGAAAGUCCUUUUGGGGUCCUCCCUGGAUCAAGUCCUGAGCUGAUGGUCUGAAAUACUGGAAACACACGGAAGAGAAAAUGCUUCCUCAGUUUAAAAUCCUGGCUACCACUGCUUAUUUAAUGACGAAAGUCAAUUGUUGUUGGCACAGUGUCUGAUGGUUGAGAGAUUUAGAAGGCAAACCUCUGCCCACUUACCUGGAAAUAAGCUUGAUUAAAUUAAUAAUCAUUAGAUACGUACAGAAGUACACACUAGGUUUCACUUGCUUAAGAUUUGGAAUCACCUGGAGCUCGAGGCACUUCCAGGAGUGCAGAAAGGGACAGUCAAUUUUCUUUACCAGCAUGACCUCUUGGACUGUGCUAAACAUUUUUUUCUGGUAACAUUUAAUGUGUGUGUGUGUGUGUGAAGAGGGGGAUGUUCUCUAGAUCUGGGCCAACAUUUAACUGGAAAUGGCUUGGAAUGAGCUUUGUUCUUCUUGCCUCUUACUCUUUUGUGGCAUUGCUUUGAUCUUCAGUUUGUUUGUUUUUUUGGUUUUUCCACUUAAUGUUGGGAUGAAUUAUAAUCCCAGUUAUCAUUCCAAGUCUGCCAAAAUUGUAGGAUGUGGGUCAGCAUUCCACAUUCCCAGAGACUGCAAGAACCUUAAUGAGUUUGUCUUCCAACAUCACACCCUGCUAUAGAUUGUCCUAUUACAAUGACAGAAUGAGCAGUAGAAAGGUCUCAUCAAAGGUUGUGGUUGAAGUUUGUUAUGUCUGCCUAUAGAAUGUGCAGAGAAAACAACUUAGAAUUGUUAACUUAUGUAGUUUAAUGAGAUCCACAAAUAUUCUACACUGCAGAGACCCCCAAAGGAUUAACCCAGUUAAAAAAAAUUUGGGCAGUUGCAAACAGAGUCCAAAACCAAGAGCAAUAAUCCUGCCGCAGCCAUGUUUUUUUAAAAAGUCAGGUGAAGCAAUGCAAAUGAUUAUAACAAGAUUUGCACAUUACCAAAAUGCAUCUUCAAAAUCAUUCACCAACUUGAAGGAGAGUUGAAUUCUUCUAUCCUUGUUUAAGCCUGAUAUACAGCCAAAGGAAGUGUUGGAAUUUUGACGAUGGCAUUAAUCCUUUAAUUUCAAACAGCUUGGAGAGUCAGGUUUUAAGGGCUCCAUAUAGAAAAAUGCAUCUCCCUGCACAGAUUAGGAAGGAACCUUCAGAGGCACUAAACCUUUAUUAGCAAAGAGAAGAUUAGCCGAACGUGGGAAUGGAUUCAAAGUGCCCCCCCCCCUGCAUGCAUGGUGGAGGGGUCCAGUGAAGUCUGCUACCUCAUUCUGCGGGAUAGGAAGACUCCCGUGGGAAGCGAAAGCUGGUCAAAAGACCGUCUGGAGUUUCCCAGUCAUUGAUCCUAGCUUUGAAAAUAACCACCCAGAGAUGUUUUUAAUUCUCUACAUCAGCCCAAUUCCUAUUUAGUUGAGCUAGUCCUCCUGAUCUUUUUCAGUCGUUUUUUUUUCCAGGUUGGAAUUGUGGCCAAGACAGCUAAAAAGUGCCUUUUUAUCAGCAACCAACUCCUUAUACCCUCUGGCAGAUCCUGGUUAACAAUGUAACUUUCUCAGAACAAAUGCACAUGUCUUUAACAAUAAUUAUCCGGCAGUUUAAAGUUUAGCAUUUCUUCAGUCUUGAUACUCAAGAGGUUUUAUCAUGUUGGGCAGUUAAAUGCCGCUGAAUUUUAUGAGUGUUAUGAGCCUAAAGAUAAGUUUUACUCCAGCCAGUGAUGAUUCUAGACUAGAGGUAUCCCUGCAGCUUAAUUUUUACAUUCACUUGAGCAUGCAUUAUUCUACUUUCGAUUUAUCUCUACUCCUGUACCAAGCACACCACAUGUAGAAUUGGUUUCUCAGGCCAGGGCGCCAUCUAGUGGCUCAGGAUACACUUGCCUGUCGGAUCAAUUAAUGCAAAGGCCUGUUAAUGCUUGACAUGAUAUCCUGUCGUUAUUUCCUGUACCAGAAUUGGCAUACCUUAAUUCAUAUUUUGAUAGCUGUUGGGCCAUACCAAAUUUCCCAUCGGCUUUUGCAUUAAAGGUGCUUUUUCAAGAGGCAACUGGACUUUCUUUGUCCAGUUGCCUCUUGAAAAAGCACCUUUGGGGCAACCCUGACCUGGAUGACUGAGAAUCUCCAUGGACAUUGGCCUUGGCGGUAUUUACUUGACUCUUCAGAAUAUUCUUAGGUCUGGGGUAGAGAUUUCUUUAACUCUUCUUUGCUCCAUUCCUUUUGGAUAAGACGCCAAUUCCGGAGAGAGGCGCUGUUUUUGACCCCUUAGUUGUCCAUGGAGAUCAGUACUAUCAUUCUAAGCAUAGAGGUGAGAAACCUCCGUGGAGGAUGGCCUCCUGGCCCUUCUAUAAUUAUAAGCAAAUCAUUCACAAAGUGGAGUUCCUGUUUUUAAAAUGCACGCCAUAAUUUCUAAGACAGGAAAGUUAUGUUUAUCCUGGAUGCAGCGUAACUCUUAAUCCAUGCUUCUUCCAAUUCAUGUUGGUGUUGAGCUGCUAAGUUGAUUUAUGAUACGUACGCCAUAACGACCAUUGAAUAUUCUCCUGAUCUUGAGAUUAGGUGGUGCCCAGUACCAAUGACCCCUUUUCUCACUCUUGGAAAUACUAAAUGUUGUAAAUAUACUGGAACUUAGCAAUACUGUGUUAAAAAGUACGAUUAAUUUGAAAUCCAUCUGUGACGUGGAGAAAGAAUGCAAAGUUGGGAUUACAUUCUGAAGACCUAAGUGUGCUAUACAUUAGAAGUCACUUCUGGCCCUCAUUUUGCCGUCAGAAAUAUAUUCUUUUUUUUUAAUGUCUUGUAUUUGAGCAUCCGUGGGUCCUUUUAGUGCCAGUCUCUUCCUGUCGCUUUCUAAGGGCUCAUUGGACUACAGCCACGCAUACCCAAGGGUUGGCAGUAAGAGGUGUCAUCGAAUUACUGCCAAGUAGGAAGAAGCAUAAGAUUUUUUUCUAGGGGAGUGAUUAAAAGAAAGCUGUCUGGAGCCAAGCAUCUAUGUAUUCCACAGUGUCAGGAUAUUUAGCUUUUAUCAGGCAUUCUUAUUGUCUACCUUUAAACUGCCUACCUUUUUUUUAAUCCAGGAACUCUCUUGCACUUUAUCUUGUCCCGAUAAUUUUGUAUUUCCUAUGAGUCACAUGUUUCAACAUUUCCCAUCAUUUCAUAUGAAACACAAGUUCCAGUGUUUCCCAACGUGUCCAAUGAGUUCACAAGACAACGCUUUAACCCUUCUGGCUUUUUAAUGACUUUUAUUCUCCAGUGGAAGAGAAUUAAAAUGUGGAAAUGUUAUUGUGACCGUACAGUGAUUCACAAACCCGUCAGAGCUGCAUCUCUCAUGAAAUUAUUGCCAGCAAGAUAUUCCCUUCCCAAUGAGGAGCACAAUUGUCCUCCGCUUACUAGCCCAACAUGGAUUUCCUACGACUGGUGGAGAGGAUAUGACAGGAGAUCAUUUUAAGCAGUCCUUCUAUGUCUGCCAUAAUGCCUAGAUUGGCCUUUAAAUGUUUAUCACAUAAAUGACCAGGAUUGUUAUGUGUGGAAGUUUCAGCUUUGAUGAGCAAAUAAGGGGGUAAAGAUGGAAUUAAAGUAGUCUUGUGUUCUUCUGAGGUUUUUUGUAAAUAGAAUUCAGCAGCUGGAGAACUUAAAGAAAACACAUUUGGGAAUGGGAUCAGAUGCAUAAAUCCACACCGGUAAUUUUGCCAAUACUUUCAAAAAGUUGCCUUUAUCUCAAGAUGGAUAUAAAUGCCAUUUUGCCAGUUUAGUGCCUUAUUUAAACUACUCAAGUCAUUGUUCUUGGAAACCUAGCACUCACAAUGAGUUCACAGUCCAAAGAACCACUUUGCUGAUGAUGCAGUUAGUAAGUCCAGACUAGUUCUCUUUUUCUCCGUGUUGUGUUACAAAUAGCUUUUGAAACUCUGCGUGUCAAAGGAAGUCUGAUGUAACACAAGGGACUCCUUUGUUCAAAGGAGGGGAAAAACCAUUACAAAUCUCAGUGACAAUUUUUGAACUACUGGGUGUCUGGGCUCCAUCUGAUGUCAUGGAAGCAGAAAUAAUACAAAAAAAUAGGAGAUUUUCCCUUGGAUGGGUUAGAGCAGGGGUCCCCAAACUUGGCAACUUUAAGACUUGUGCACUUCAACUCCCAGCUGGCUGGAGUAUUCUGGGAGUUGAAGUCCACAAGUCUUAAAGUUGCCGUGUUUGGAGACCUCUGGGUUAGAAAAAGGUCUGUUGCUUUCCCUGCUUUUAAUUUUUCUUGGUUUGGUUCAGCAAACCAUCUUUAUCCAAACCAUUUAUUUUAGGGAGGAAGUCCUAUAGAUUCACCGAAAUCCUAGAUGGACAGUAGCUGUCCAUGGUACUGGUGCUUACAAGUAGUCCCUGACUCACAACUAUUUGUUUAGUGGCGGUUUGAAGUUGGAACAGCCUCUGAAAAGGAUGACCUGUGACCAUUUUUCACCCUGAAGUUGCAGCAUCCCCAUGGCGAUGUGAUCAAAAUCCAGGCACUUGGCAACCGGCAUGUAUUUAUGGCAGUUGCGCUGUCCCCACAGCCUCACCAUUUGUGACCUUCCCAGCUGGCUUUCUAUCAGCAAAAUCAAUGGGGAAAGCCGGAUUCCCUUCACGGACCCACUGAACAAUUGCAGCGGUUCGCUUAA